UCCAAAGUGCUAUCAAGCAGUAGUUUGUUACUGACUGGUGGAACCCUUUGAACUUUGGUAUCAUAAUACAGACUAAAGAUGAACUCUAUAAUGCAGUCUAUGAACCAAUGAAUUUGGAUGAAGAUGCAUUUAGCAAUGUCUAUUGCUAGUUUUUUGCAAGUAUGACCCAUGCUGUGUCUUUUUGUGUGCUGUAAAAUUAAUUUUAAUUUUAUUAAAAGUGAGAAAUUCACCAAACAUUGCAUUCACUUUUAAUUAUUGAAAGCAACAAACAACAAAUAAAAAAAAAACAGAGUUACAGCACUUAAAAGUUUGUCUUAAACCAACAUUAGGUAGCUGUUUUAUUUAUGACAAAGUAUCUUAUCUUAUUUUAUCGUUACAUAAUGCAAAAAAAAAUCUUAAUGAGUUAAUUAAUAAUAUAAAAUUGUGAUUCUUAUAAUUAUGUAAGUCUUCAAAUACCUUUUCCUUUGCUGCAGUACACAUUUUAUUGCUGCAAAUAAGCAAAAAUACGAAUGAUGAUUGGCAAAUUGAGGACAGAUGACUUGAGAAAAGUGAAAGUGGAGUAGAUGGAUGAUAACAACAAGAAUAUGCGCUGUUUUUUAUAUGACUUCGAAUGAAUCAAGCAUUUAAGCAGUAAUUUUCGUAUUUAACGCAAAUUUAACACUGAUUACUUUAUUCAAACGUAAACUUACGACGCCUCAAACGUUUGAAACAUCCAACAGUGAGCACACGUCUGUCGUCAUCAUCAUCAUCAUCAUCGUCUACACUAUAAUUAUUCAUACGAAAUUAUAAAGUCUUACCUGAUGCGAGUUUUCGUUCCUAAGACCGAAAAACCGGACUGAUUUUAUGGAGAUUCUUGCGCAACUAGCGGAAAGUUAGACUGACUUUAUUGACGCAUCGAUUAGAUGACUACCUGACACUCAUGCUCUUGCGAAAUUUUACGCACUUUUUUCUUCACGAACCGCCGAGGACCAUCGUUCUUUCUGACUUUACACUUUGUAAAAAGUAUAGAGGUACGAAAUUUUUCCAGUAUGUGCUGUGCGUUGUCAGGACACAGACCAGUUCCAAAAACGUACGUGUGUCGCCACCUGACGAAUUAAAAUUGUACUACACGAUGUAUAUCAGCUGUGUUACUCAUUUCUGUUGUGGCAUAUGAUAGCUGAUGAGUCAAUAACACAAAAAUUUCUGUAAUAAUUUAUUUCUCGUGGAGCAGUAUUUUCGAACGAGUUGAAAAUAAUUUUGUAAUACUUUAUUAGUUUCUCGACUGUGCCUUGUGAAUCAUAACUGCUGAUUAUUUAAACAGGGCUUGUCCUUGAAUGAACUAAAGUUUAACCAAAUGCGUUUCGGAGUUUCUUGUAAUAAAGAACCCCUGGAUAACGCUAUAUAUUAUUGAUAGCAUUGAAAUUGCAACUUUGCGAAGUUGACAACAUCUAAAGCGACGACGACGACGCAGACGCAGAGUCAUUAUACCUUUGAGAUUAUCUCUUGACAGCUAGCACAACGGGGGCCGAACAAUCAGCCAUGUCUGUCUCUCAGAUGGAGAAAAAUCUUUUCAACCUCAAAUUUGCUGUUAAGGAGUUGGAACGUAAUUCAAAAAAAUGCGAAAAAGAAGAGAAACUGGAGAAGGCAAAGGUGAAGAAGGCGAUUCAGAAGGGAAACAUGGAAGGAGCAAAAAUCCAUGCAGAAAAUGCAAUCAGGCAAAAAAACCAGGCUCUGAAUUACUUGCGUAUGAGUGCACGAGUUGACGCAGUGGCCAGUAGAGUGCAAACGGCGUUGACCACUAGAAAAGUUACACAGUCGAUGGCUGGAGUUGUUAAAGCUAUGGACGCUGCUAUGAAGUCCAUGAAUUUAGAAAAAAUUUCCGGACUCAUGGACAAGUUUGAGAGUCAAUUUGAAGAUUUGGACGUACAAAGCUCGUACAUGGAGAAUGCCAUGUCCCAAACCACGACGACAAAUGUUCCUCAGAAUGAGGUUGAUUUGUUGAUGCAACAAGUUGCUGACGAAGCUGGUUUGGAGUUGAAUAUGGAGCUUCCAUCAGGACAAGUGGGAAGCAUUGGUACGUCAACUGCUGUGAGCCAAGAACAGGACGAGUUAACUCAGAGAUUGGCCAGACUCAGAGAAUAAAUGUGAAAAAUUAAAUUCUGUUGGUAUUACGUGUAUUAUAAUUUAAUGUACAAUAUUUUUAAUAUUAGAAAAUUUUACCGCUACUACAAAUGCACCGAACAACACCAGAUAUAUGCGCAUUAUAAGUUUAUAAAUAAUAUUAAGUAAAGAAACAUUCUAUUCAAAAGGAGAAUUUUUAUAAAAAAUUAAAACUGCUUCGCAAUAAUAUCGUUUAUCAAUGAAAUGAAAUUUAUAAAACACAAAAAGGCUUGUGAUAAUCUUCUACUGGAUUAUACAACACUUCUGCUUAUGGCUUAUUAUUGUAUUAUUCCUAAAGAUAGAUAUUUACAGAA